CAGGGUCAACCAUCCCUGCUACUCCGUGUGAAUUAACUCGGCGGUGAAGAGGUGGAGCUUCACCGCUCACACACACACACGCUUUGAAACAACAGAACCCCCUGUGUUGGUUUCUAAUCUGUGUGCCGCUGCACCUUGAAAUAGCAGCGCUUUUGCUCCGCCCCCCUUUGCACAGACACCAUCCGUCACACAGGGGGACGUUUUGGGGACGUCGGUGCGACCGGUGGAGCUCGUCUCCGAGCAUGCCCCCUCUGUGUCGUCCUGAUUGAUGAACGUUUUAGCCUCUGUCCCAUGCUCCGCUCGCAGAGACGUCCGUCUGUCCAUUACCUCCGCUGUCCUGUCCUGUCCUGUCCACGAGGACGAGCAUCAGCCACUGACCUGACGCACGCCGUUAACUGCUACAUGUUCAAUUAGUUUCAGCUGUUUGGUUUUAUUUAAUUUAUUUAUUUUGUUCCUGGAGCACUGAAACACGUCCUCUGAGGAUUUACCGUCCUCCUUUUAAAGAAGAAAAAACAAAACCAGUGGCUCCACAGCCGGCGCUGCUGCUGCUGCCGCCGCCGCCGCCGCCGCCACUGACGCUGACCCUGACGACAUGGCUCUCAACAUCGCCACGAUACGGGACACAAAAUGGCUGACCCUGGAGGUGUGUCGGCAGUUCCAGAGAGGCACGUGUUCGCGCAGCGACGAGGAGUGCAAGUUCGCCCACCCGCCCAAGAGCUGCCAGGUGGAGAACGGGAGGGUGAUCGCCUGCUUCGACUCGCUCAAGGGCCGCUGCACACGGGAGAACUGCAAAUACCUCCACCCACCCGCUCACCUGAAGACCCAGCUGGAGAUCAACGGGCGGAACAACCUGAUCCAGCAGAAGACGGCGGCGGCCAUGUUGGCUCAGCAGAUGCAGUUCAUGAUCCCGGGCACCGCCAUGCAGCCUGUGCAGACGUUUCCAGUCAGCCAGGGUCUGGGCUCCGGUGCGGGACUCAGCUACACGCCGUACCUGACUCCCAUGUCCCACAGCAUGGGCCUGGUGCCCACUGACAUCCUGCCCAGCACGCCCGUCAUCGUCCCCGGCAGCCCGCCCGUCUCCGUGACCGGCGGCUCGCCCUCCGGCCAGAAGCUGCUGCGUACCGACAAGCUGGAGGUGACACAACCCAUUCACGGCUCUCUCUCUCCUUCUCUUUGCCUUUUAAAGGGUUAA